AUGGUCGGUUUCAUUGUGCGGCACCUUUUUUCGCCCGCCGCCCGUCGGCCCUUGCUCUCCGCUGCCACGACGACCUCUUCCCUCCUCACACCUUUCCGCUUCGCCGCCGCCGCCGCACCACCAACAGCCUCACCCAUCCUCGCCGCGACGACUGCCUGCUUUUCAACCACCGUCCCUCGCCCCGCCACGCUGAACCAGGUCCUGCGCGGCAUCCGCAAGGGCAAGCGCGCGCGCCACGCCGUGUCCCCCGCACUCGCCAACACGCGCUGUCCGGCGCUCAAGGGUGUCUGCCUGCGCGUCGGCGUCGUGCGGCCCAAGAAGCCCAACUCGGGCGAGCGCAAGACGGCCCGUGUCAGGUUGUCGAGCGGCGCCAUGGUCACGGCCUACAUACCCGGCGAGGGCCACAAUAUCCAGCAGCACAGCGUGGUGCUGGUGCGCGGCGGGCGUGCGCAGGACUGUCCCGGUGUGCGGUACCACCUUGUCCGCGGGGCGCUGGAUUUGGCUGGUGUAGGUACCCGCGCGACGAGUCGAAGCAAGUACGGCACAAAGAAGCCGAAAAAGGCCACCAUUGGUUAA